AUGUCUGCUUCUUCCUUGGGCGUCAUGUUAGCUACUCCUUCUGGUGUUGCGCCUUCUGCUCCCUUGGGUGUCACGUCUUUUGUCUCUUUAGAUGCUGCGUCUGUAGCUCUCUCUGGUGCUGUUCAUGGUAUCGUUAAUAUUGAUUGUAAAAAAAGAUCCGAAGUGGAAAGUGCCACUUUUAACUUUCAUAUUAAAAAAGCAUCUGCCUAUAAAGUCGAUAAUGAUAUUAUGAAAGAAAUCCAUAAGUUUCCUCUUCCAUUCCAAAACUUACUUAUUAGAGAGGCUUGUAGUGUAAUUAAUAGACUUGAAAAAGGAAAAGGAAUGCCAGGUUUAACUUUGCUCGAUUGUCACUGCCUUUUUUAUAAUCAAUAUUUAUUGCCAUGCAAACAUAUUUUUCAUGAGAAUAUGUAUAGUAAUAAGUUGCUAACUGCUAAAGUAUGGAAAAUAUUUCAGGAAAUGUUUGAAGAAAAGCAACAAAAAGGAGCCGAAAAUCGAAGAGUUUCUGUGGUUGAACUAACAAAAAGAAUACGUGACAGGUACUGGCGUGUUGAAGAAUCAGGAGACAUUAGAAGG